AUUUAAAAAAAAAAAAAAACUUACUUAAUGGGCAGACCUGUCAACAUCAGACAAAAAAAGAAACAGUUAAAUCCGUUUGUUUCUUAUUUCCCGGGAAAACCUCACCUCUUGUCCUAAAAACAGAGCAGCAGCCUCCAGCCUAACCUCUUAAAGAUUGACCCUUUCAAUACAUUUCUUCCCCAAAAAAAAAAAAAAAAAAAAAAAGAACACAGCGACAUUGAAACAGAUUUCCCACUCUUUUACCUUUCUGUCAUUCCGAGCUGUAAAUCCUAUCUUUCUUCUCUUCCAUUGUUUCUUCCUCCCCUCUAAAAAUUUGUCUUUCUUCUUCCCCUCUGCCCCUCUCCACAUUUCCUCUUUUCUUGAAUUAGAUGUUUCACCCUAAUUCCAGGGCAACCCUUCUACUCCUCCUCCUCCUCCUCCUCUCCUUCCCCUUCUCCUCCUUCGUUUCGACAACCCUGAUCCGAAAACUCUAAUCUCUUCCAAGACAUGGGCAACUGUUGCUCCCGGGCCACCGACGAGCAGGCCAACCAGAGGUCGGGCUCCAUGGCUGAGCCAGGCAACACCAAUAAUGCAGCUGGUGCCGGCCACGAGAACUCCAUGGCCCUGCCAAAGGUGGCGGCAGGCCCAGCGGUCUCAGGGGCCUCCACAAAGCCUGCCAAGCCCACGCCUAUCGGUCCUGUCUUGGGCCGCCCCAUGGAGGACGUCAAGUCCUUAUACACCAUGGGGAAGGAGCUGGGGCGUGGCCAGUUUGGGGUAACCCACCUUUGCACCCUUAAGGCCACAGGCGAGCAGUUCGCCUGCAAGACCAUUGCGAAGCGGAAGCUAGUAAACAAGGAGGAUAUUGAGGACGUGCGGAGGGAGGUCCAGAUCAUGCACCACCUCACAGGCCAGCCCAACAUUGUCGAGCUGAAGGGUGCCUAUGAGGACAAGCACUCCGUACACCUCGUCAUGGAGCUAUGCGCUGGAGGAGAGCUCUUUGAUCGCAUCAUCGCCAAGGGCCAUUACACUGAGCGGGCUGCGGCCUCCCUGCUCCGCACGAUCGUGCAGAUUGUGCACACGUGCCACUCCAUGGGAGUCAUGCACCGAGAUCUCAAGCCAGAGAACUUCCUCCUCCUCAACAAGGAUGAGAACUCGCCUCUCAAGGCCACUGACUUUGGCCUCUCCGUGUUCUUCAAGCAAGGAGAUGUAUUCAAGGAUAUCGUUGGAAGUGCAUAUUAUAUCGCCCCUGAAGUACUGAAGAGGCGUUAUGGGCCUGAGGUCGACAUCUGGAGUGUCGGUGUCAUGCUAUAUAUCCUUCUCUGCGGUGUUCCUCCCUUCUGGGCUGAAUCUGAAAACGGGAUCUUCAAUGCGAUCUUACGGGGCCACAUUGAUUUCACGAGUGAUCCAUGGCCUUCGAUCUCACCUGGAGCCAAAGAUCUCGUCAGGAAGAUGUUGAAUUCUGACCCAAAACAGAGGCUGACAGCCUUCCAAGUCCUUAACCAUCCAUGGAUUAAGGAAGAUGGAGAAGCACCCGAUACUCCUCUCGACAACGCGGUGCUGAAUAGGCUCAAACAGUUCCGUGCCAUGAACAAGUUCAAGAAAGCAGCUCUUCGGGUUAUUGCGGGAUGCUUGUCCGAGGAAGAAAUCAUGGGACUGAAGGAGAUGUUCAGAGGAAUGGACACAGACAACAGCGGUACCAUAACACUCGAAGAGCUGAAGCAGGGCCUCUCCAAGCAAGGAACGAAACUGUCUGAGUAUGAAGUAAAACAGUUGAUGGAAGCUGCUGAUGCUGAUGGCAAUGGGACGAUAGACUAUGAUGAGUUCAUUGCCGCAACGAUGCACUUGAAUCGGAUGGAUAGGGAGGAGCAUCUUUAUACUGCUUUCCAGUACUUCGACAAGGAUAACAGCGGGUAUAUUACGAAUGAAGAGCUAGAGCAGGCUCUUCGAGAAUUCGGCAUGCUCGAAGGAAGGGAUAUCAAGGAGAUUCUCUCUGAGGUUGAUGCUGACAAUGACGGUCGGAUCAACUAUGACGAGUUCGUGGCAAUGAUGAGAAAAGGGAACCCUGAAGCUCAAACAAAGAAGAGGCGCGACUUUAUGAUAUGAUAAAAUCUCACCCUGGUAGAGGAGACAGCGGAAGAUACAUUUCUUUUUCUUCAACCCUCUCGGGCGUAACAAAACCGAGGAAAAGAACGACGUUGAAGACGACUGACAUGAUGGCCCAAGGACUAUUACCGACGUGUACCUUAAACAGACGAAGGAAAAGAAUAUGGGGAGAAGGCUGAGAUGUUUGCUGGGACAGGAGAUGACUCAAGAACAAGAACAGAGAAGCAAUUGGUGGUGGAAGGGUUGUUCGAUGAGCAGAUGUAAAGUUUGAAGGGUAAAAGAUUUGUUUUGUAAUGUUUAUAUUUUUCGAUUUUCUGAACAUUGUAAAACAGUCCAAAAUGUAGUUAUCUCUGUUAUGUUUC